UCCACCCAGGCAGGGACGCGCAGACUCAAUCUGGGCUCGGAGCGACGCACUUGUAUAGCGACGGCGGCUAUAUAAGUCCCAUUCAGCUUCUCCUCUUUAAGGAACUAUAUGCGUGUUUCUGUGAAGGAGGGCGGCAUCUCACCGAAUACCUGGCAACCUACACCGCUGUAGGCUACUUGACUACCUGUACGGAAGAUUCCAGCUGAUAUCCUGACAUGAAGCUCAACUUAUCAGGAACCACCGUGAUUCUGCUUGUUGCCUUCUUACCGCGCUACGAAUGUCGGGCUAUUGAGAGCCCAGGCGGCACCCUGCGCGUCCCAGCUCCCCAAACCCAAAACUCCCAGCAACAGCAGUCUGGUCCCAUUCUGGAGCGCCUGGGAGAGGAGUAUUUCAUCCGACUGGGAAACGGGGACUCGAACUCUUUCCCGACAGCGUCCUUGUACCCCGGCGCGUCGCCUUCCAUCUUCAACAGAGCGUUGCAGCUCCAGCAGACGCGGCGCCUCUUGCAGGGGAAAGUUGGGAACAUCCGGGCGCUCAUAAGCGGCUUAGCGGAUCGCGAUGACGAGUCCAUGGAGCGGGGAAGACGGUCCGAGGACCCGCCGAUCUCCCUGGACCUGACCUUCCACCUGCUGCGGGAGAUGAUGGAGAUGUCCAAGGCGGAGCAGCUGGCCCAGCAGGCGCAGAACAACAGAAGAAUGAUGGAGCUGUUUGGGAAGUGAAAACCUCUUUCCAGCCCGCCAAAGAUCUCAGUUCCCUUCGUUCUCUCUCUCUCUCUUUUGUUCCCUUUGGUUCUGCAUUUAUUAGCACACUCAAGAAAAAAAACAACAACAUACGUGCAAAUAUAGUGCUGCUUAUUUUUCAUGUCACUUAUAGCUUUAACCUGAAAACAAUGAAACACAAAUGCUCCGACUGUCAUUUUAAUGUUGGUGUCAAAUUUGUAGAGUUCAUAUUUCAGGAGGCAUAUUUUUGUUCUAAAAAAUGUCAUGAAAAAAAUCGUAUUUUGUUUUAAACUCUAUGAAUCACUGUAUUUAUGAUAUUUAUGUUUUUUAAUAAACUUAUGUGCAAACAGAAAAAAAAAUCUGUUGUGCAACAGAACGUCUUACAUCUAUAUUUUUAAUAAAACAAAUAUAAGCAACGCUUACACUUCUCUGUCAAUAUCCUUACAUAUAAAAACACCAAUAAAAAUUGCUCAUCUAAUACACUUAUCGUGUUUCUUUUUAGGUGCAUUUAUAAUCCUAGAUAAUAAAAAGUAAACAGGUUCACUGCAUUUGGCCAAAACUGAUAUUUAAAAAUAGACAACAGUGCGGAAACUGUCAACUUUGUGCAGAGAAAAUACAGUUUUUUAUGGCAAAGAAACACACAAAAACAUAGUUGCAUCAGAUGUAAAGCAAUGUCCUUUAGGAGCUCCAGCUGACGCAGGCUGGAUGCAGCUUUUUUUCUUCUUCUUCAACAUUAAUCCUCAAGAGGCAGUCCUCAUUAUAACAAGACGUGUUUCUAAGAUGCAACACUAAUAAUAAGUGUGAAAUACUCUAUAUGUGUGUGUGUGUGUGUGUGUGUGUGUGUGUGUGU